AUGCGGUUGUUCUUUCGCGCUAUAGCGGCUACGCUGGCCGCCGCUGGAAUAGCCGAGGCGCGGCUCUACCGCAUCGGUAUCCCGGACGCUAUUAAACCGGGCGAUCCGUUCAAUGCCACCAUCGAGCAGCUGGCAGGCAUCCCGCUACAGUACACUAUGCUCUGGGGUAUCGAGCGCUACGACGAGGAGUGGUCGGUAGCGCCGCGCCCGGGAAGCCUGGGGCCUGUCCUACUGACCAACGGGAUUGUAGAUCUCCAGAAAGCAGUAGGAGACGGUUCCGUCAGUGGUAACACGUCCAUCGCCGGGUUCGUCGUUCCCGCAGACUACAAGCUUGGCCCUGCGGCCAUCCAAGCCGUCAUCUUCGAAAUCGCAGGACCCCUGAACUCGCCCAUCAUCGAGACUUGGUGGUGGAGCGUCAACAUCACUGACACCAGCACAAGCGAGAGCCUGGUCUGGUCUAACUAUGCGGACGAUAACAGCCGGAUCUGCCAGAUACCCUUCCAAUAA